AUGCGGACGCAAACCGCGCGUUUUUUGGAAUCCCAACUUGCGUGUACUACUGCCCCGUCCCCCGCCCAGCCACCCAACGUGGAAUUCCCGCACCCUACCCACUUCCGUUCUCUGGACGACCAUACAAACCACUCAUUCGAAUACUUAUCUCCCCUUAACGAGGAGAAACUCGUAUUCUAUGGCACUGCCGGUGAUGACAAAAUAUGCAUCAAGUUCGUCCGUCGAUACUCGGAGGAUGCACAUCGCACAUGCUCAUCAUUAGGAUUCGCGCCUGCCUUGAGGGGCUUUCAGCCCAUUCCCGGUGGAUGGCAUAUGGUUGUCAUGGAUUUCAUCGAUAAUACUUAUCAUGAAUUGGAGGAUUCAUAUGCGAAAGCCUCGUUUGAAACCGAAAUCCGAACGAAGGUGACCAGUCUCCACCAAGCAGGAUAUGUGCAUGGCGACAUUCGAACUACCAACAUCAUGGUGAAGAGGGACUGUACACCCGGAAUCAUGCUAGUUGACUUUGACUGGGCAGGUGUACCUGGGAACGUACGAUAUCCAAUGAGGUUUCCGCAAGGCAAGGUUCUGCCCAGCAGUAUUGCCACGCCAGCAUAG